CACUGAGUUCCUUAAAGUUCAUGCGGAAACGCGGCUAUAUAAUGAGGAUAAAUACCUGGGGCACCCAAGGAGAAAGCACCACUUGGUCUACUAAGAACCCAAGCAGUGAAGGAUGGGUUUUGGACUUAGAGGACAAGAUAUUGCAGAUGCUAUCAAGCAUUUGGCUACACUUCAAGGGAAUCAAGCAGCCCUGGAGCAGAUUAGGGAAGCCACAACUUCCUGCAUACAUUGGGGAGGUAUUUUACAAGAACUAAUGCAAAAGGAUUCAAUCAAAUAUCUGUUUGUUAGGGAAUUUAAUAAACCUAUGCAAUUGUGCCAAAUUGAAAACAUUGGAGACGAGUUAAGGGCAGGUAAAGCUGUCCUAGUGGCAAUCAAGCUUCCAGAUUGUGACCAGCAUAUCUUUUGUAUCGAGCCCCGAGCAGACGGACGUCGAGCACGCAUUGUACAUGCUUGGCAAGAUGUCCACUCUGUGCGGGCUGAAAGAAAUAUGCCUAUAGAAGAAAUUAUGGAUCAUAUAAAAGGCUUGUGGUCUUCUGACUGUGUUGCUGAUGGAAGUAAGCUACAAAAUAUAUUUAAAAAACUUUUUGGAGCGGAUGCACAGUUCAAUUCAAAUGGUAGGCCAGUUAGACAAAGAAUCUCUUUUGAGACGGUACUCAGUGGCAGGCCAGAACGACCACUAGAUGAAAUUGGCAGCAGACAGCGACUAUCCAGUCUCCUUAGUGAGAUGUCAGAUUGGCAGUCAGGUCGUUUGUCUAGGUCUUCAGGCACAUCCGGUCGUCAGUCAGAUUGUUCCUCCAGUCUCCUUAGUGAGAUGUCAGAUUGGCAGUCAGGUCGUUUGUCUAGGUCUUCAGGCACAUCCGGUCGUCAGUCAGCUUGUUCCUCCAGGUCGUCAAUCAUACCAGAUGAGCCGUUAGCUCCUGUCCCUAGUAAAGUAGGAAUGAUUAGAACGGGCACUGCUGUCGGGGCUGCUCUGGGGUUUGUGUUUGGGGUAGGUGGCGUACUCUGGUCUGGAGAGCGUGACCCCAAAGAAGUGGCGUUGGCCGGAACUAAGUCGACAUUAGGCGGAGCUGCAAGUGGAGCGGCUGGAGCAGCUGCUGCCAAAUAUUUGACACCAACCUUUGGUAGGAUUGGUACUUCAUUAGUUCGUGCCAAUGUUCUGUCAGGAGUUGCAUUUUUUAGUGUAUUUGCAAUUUGGGAUGUAGUUGAAUGGAAAGUGCAUAAAAUCACUGACGUACAGCUGCGUCAGCGUAUGGCAGAAGGAGCAGCGGGAGCAGCAGGUGGUAUCGGAGGUGGUGCAGCGGCUGGGGUAGGCUUCGGUUUAUUGUUCGGACCCAUUGGGGCGGUUGUAGGAGGAAUCGUAGGAGGUCUUGCCGGUGGAAUUGGAGGAGCCUUUGCUGGCAAGGCAAUUGAUGGGGCGAUAUGGGAUGAAAGUGAAGAUUCAGUAAUGAACAUGUACGAAUUUUUUGGAUGGCGUGAUGUCAAGCGAAACACACGACCAGUGAAAACUGCAGAGGAGAUGGGGAAAGCAUAUGAUAAGAAGCUGGAAAGCAGGCCAUCCAAGAUAAAGGAGGAGGACUGGGAUCGAAUCUGCACGGCAAGCAUCAUAGUGCUAUUACAAGCAAUGUAUCCUGUAUUCAUUGACGUAAUGAAAAUGGCUGAUAACCUACAGAAGAACAGAAGUGAUGGUGUGUCUGCCGUUGGAACAGCAAUGUAUCAAUCAAUAUCUGAGGAGUAGCAAAGCCCUUCGAAGACUUUGUUGGUUGAUGAUCAGACUGAAGAAUAAGAAGUGCCAUGGACAUUAUUCCAGCUGGAUCUUCUUCAGUCGGUAACCGGCCAGCCUAUUUUCUGCUAGUUACCAGCUGGAGCACAUUUGCAAUGUUGUGGACUUCUCAAAUGUUAGGUAAAUGAAUUAUGCUAAUUUGGUCAUUAAGACAAAAAAAAUCCAAAAAAACAUGUAACACAGAACAUUUUGCAUGUAAGACCAAGACUCUCCCAGGGUGCUGGCUUUAUUACUUGGAAGACUGCUUAUAUAUGAUUGCUUUUAUUGUGACCUAUGAAAAGAUAAGCACCUCAAAAAUGCUUCCCAUGAUUUAUAUAUGUCUGCAAUUAAAUUUAAACGUGUUAUAUUUUGUAUAAAAUGAAACCAUGUAGACAUUCCGAUUUGGCGAUAAUUUAAAAAUGAAACGUUCCACUUGGAGGUCUCUUUAUUUCUAAAUAAUACAACUUAUAAAGAUGAAUGUUGCACCAUAUACAUUUUCAUUUUUCCAUUUAAGAAAUUUUAACUAAAUUUUCAGACCAAGAUUAUGCUUUUAAGCGCUCUUUGGUAUUUAAAAUUUUCCUUCAAGUUUAACGUGGUGCGAAGGAUAAUUGGUUUGAUUUGAAGACAAAUUGAGUAGGUA